AUGCUGCGAUCGUUGUCGUCCUCGGGGGUUCGGAGGCUCCUCUCGCUACGGAGAGCGAGUCCGUCCUCGCUUUCUAGCUUCUUCCCCGUCGGUUACAGCGCCGAUGAUCUUCUCCAGAAGUCCUUUCCGCCAACCGCCGCCGGAGGCUGCGUUUCCGGUGAUUGCGUCUCUUCCUGAAUUUCUUCCUUCAGCUCCAUGCGCACUGUCUUAUUUCUUUCUUUUUUGAGAGAAUUAUACCGCUGUGUUUCGUUCUACAAAAAUGCGGAGUAGAUGAUUUAUUUAUUUAUUUCUCUUCUCAGUCGUGAUGUCGUCAUAGCUUUCGAUCACCCCGUCUUGCUCAGAGAUUUGUGUCGACGUCUGCAUCUGAGGGUUUGUUUACUUCCGAUCUUCUGUAUGAGACUGUGUUUUUCCCUGUAAACAGUGAAUUAGUUUAGACGCGUAUCCGAUGGGCGUAGUUUCUGCUGGCCUGAGCUUUCCGACUUUCUUUUUUGUCGUACAGUGUUUGUAUGCUUUCUUCCUUUGUUGUGGAUGCUUGAUUUAAAUUUAUAAAAGUUGUAAAAUGCUAGGGACGACUUCAUACAUGUUGAAUCCAUGUUAUAUUUAUAUUUGAAUUUUUCGGGGGUAAUCAUCUUAUUAUUAUCAAGGUGGAACCUCUCAAUGCGGAUAAACAUUUACGUUGGGUAACAGCUUUAUGUUGGAUGCCAAGUUUAUCUUGCCUAUAAUUUGAACAUUGAGGUUUUCAUUCUUUUUCUAGUUAUAGGAUUAGCUAAUAUGUCUUUGGUUUCCAUAUUUAUUCUUGAAAUUUAACGUGCCCACAUUUUAUUGUAUGAAACCUUCAACUUGAUUCCCUUUCCCUCAUUUUAGUGUAGUAAAUAUUCUACCAAAUUUAAUAAAUUUCGAUUUUUUCUUCAAAAUGAGAUGUAUUUCGUGUUGUUGAACACAUUCGUUCCGGAUGGAACUGUUGAAUGUUGGAAAAAAGGAUUCUUAUCUGAUUGAUUUAAGCCGCCGAAGUGUUUUGUGAUGGUGAGCAAGAAACUGGCUGCUUCUGACUGUGAAGUUUUAGCGUCCCAAUAGUUGAAACCUAAAAUGUAUCUUUAGAACUUAUGUGUUUAUCAAGGGAAAAAAAAGGCUUAAGAAAUUGCGCGCUCAUAUUAUUACCGUGAGACCAAGCUAGACCUCCACGCUACUGGAACAGUAGACACUUAUUUAAGCCGCCUAAAAGCAGCAGUAGAUCGAGGCAUUGACCCUGUGAAACGAGCCUUGAAUUUUGACGGGGACAAUGAAAAUCCACCUGAUCGCUUCUCCAUGAAGAUAUCUACCUUUUGAAACUCUAGUGUGGUCGUGAUGACUAUAGGAAUUUGCAUCUGGUUGCCUCUAGAGAGGAAGCUAGUGCAGAUUUGUACCUUUUUCCGGUGCUUAGUCCUUUGUCUUUAAACUUAUUAUUUCUUUAACUAUUUUCAAUCCCAGUGAUGAGCCGUAUUCAUUUAUUUUAGCUCUUUCAAAAAGAUGAGAAGCAUUUGACUGUGACAUGAUGUUACUUCUUCGUAUAGUGUUGCAUUAUGGUUGGAGUGAUCUUUUUUCCUUCCUUAAAUGAUCCCAAACAAUGAUUGUAUGAGUUUCCAUGCCACAUGUGUUUGACGAUCCAAAUAUCCUGGGAUUAGUUUUUAUGGCUAUUACAUGUCAUUUGGAUGAGGUGUUAUGGUCAUUUUGACGGUUUUAGCCAAAUAACCGAAGUAGGACAGGAAUGCCUGGUGACAAGAAGGGGGCUCAGGAGAUCAUGUAUUGAGUUGUAAAUAAACAUGAUUUGCGGUUUACUGGGAUAUUUGCAGAAAGUGGCAUUUCUUUUUUUAACCUAACUAUUCAUUCGAUGAUGUCAUUUGUUACCUUUUAUCUGAUUACUGUUUCGGUACACAAUUAUGCCUUCAAUCCUGCAAUGCCGUGAAGUGGGUAAAGAUUAUUCUUCCUUGUCGUAGGAAGUAAAUAUAACUUUUUCAUGUGGGCAGUGUGAUUGAGGGGUUUCAUGGUUUUUCUUAUUUUUGAGUUUUUCGUUCAUAGAUGAUUAGUUUGCUUUGUCAAUGAAACCUUAAAAAAUAUCCUAUCUUCCUUUUGCAUAUUAACUUAGCAUUAGAUUUAGUAUCUCUAAUACGAGAGAUUUAAUCAUAGAGAAGGAUUUGUGUCAUUUGAUGAACUCACUGUAAUCCCAACUAUUUAGAGGGGAUGCUUGAAAUUAUGAAUGGCUUGGCUUUAUCGAUUAGAAUAUGGUUGACAAAGCGAGCUAGAUGUUAACCUAUUGAUGUGCUUCUGAGGCUUAGACAAUGAGGUGCAUAGUUGUAUGUAAUAUACAUCCCCCUAUCCCAAAAAAUAUUUAUAGGCUGAUCAUGACAGGUGGGGCAGAAUUCUUGAUGGUGGUAGGUGCCUUUUGUCUGUGGGACAAAUGGCUUGGGCAUUCAGUGGGGCAGCCAAAAAAUAUGCCAAAUUAUGCUGCAUGUUAUUAUGCCUAUGGCGAUAAUGGUGUGACAGCUUUAAAUGGACCCUGACUUAGCAUCUAGCAAAUGUACUGAGUGUCAUCUGAUGUUGAUAGGGGAGGGAGCGAUAAAAUCUUACACAGACCAUCUACUAGGCAUACACCAAACAUAAAAUAGUGGGUGUGGUUGGACACAAAGUUUUCUUUGGUCAUAAAUAGGUCCAUAACCCAAUAGACAGUUCAAGUAAAUAACUCAGUUUAGUCUUCAAUGCUAUAACCAUUUAAGAAGAUUGUACUUGUUUCGUUUUCCCCAAAAAACGAAAGAAAGAGGAGAUGUAAAAAGUUAAGCGUGUAUAUCUUUUUAAUUAUGCAAAAAGUUCGAGUUGUGUUAUAUAAACGGUUGAUCCAAAUAUCGACUGCUAGAUCAAAUGUCAAAGCAUGUCAAGCGUAUCUGACCCAAUUUUUUAAGGUCAAUUUUCUAGCCUUUUCAGUUUAUCACGUCGUAGUGCAUUGACACAUCAGGCAUCAGGCAAGUUAUCAAGUUUGUUUGGGGUUGUACAGCCUCAUUAAGGUUAAGAUUUUGGUGUAGGAUCUCACGUGGGUGUUCUCCUAUUUAUGAUGAUCUAAAUUAUAUGCUGUAUAUUUUAGAAAGUAUAUGAAGCACUGAUUUUAUUUCUCUUGUUUGUCAAAUGCGGAUUCUCACAGGAGAUAUCAUAGAAUUCUCUCCAUAAAAUAGGUCUCAUGUGCCAUCCUCUUUGGGGAAAUAUGGCCAUUGUGGCAUCCACGAUGACCACCCAAAAGGAAUCAUUAUGUACAGUGGCCUAUUUUACAUGAUAUUCUUUGGGACACUAUGAAAAAGGAGAGGAACAAUUGGAUAUUCAAGAACAAGGUCGAGAUUGUGAUGACUAAUGUGUGCAAUAGAGUAAGAUUGGCACCUGGAACUUCUUGUAAAUUCCCAAUCGUUUUUGCAGUUCGUGUUUAACAUACCCUUCAUCACCUUGAGGUUUUAUAUAGAACUAUUGUGUAGAGGAUUUUUUGGGUAUGGUGUGAUAAUAUGGGAUCAUCCUUUUUCUCUUUGUAUGAUAACGUAUAUAUUUUCAAAAAAAUAAUUAAGAAAUUAAAGAUCGCUUAUCAAAGAGGAUAUGUCUUGUUUGCCCCUCGAAGGGCAGGUGAAUCACAUUAUAUUGGCACGAGUCGCCGUUCCUGCGGCAGUGUUGUUGACUUGUUAGUGACUAGUAGGAGACAAUAAUGUGGCACAUUGUGGCGGUUGCUGGUUUACUAUGGAGAAUUCGCUUCUUGGGCUCCAAAGCAAUUUCUGUUUUACACAUUCAGAUUUCGAAUAAGAGACGUGUAUGUGUGGAUGAUCUUUUUGUUGAUAAAGAACACAGCUCAAAAUCAAUGUGAAAUGCUAAGGAUUUUUCACAGGAGUUAAAAGAUUUCGAUGUUUUUUUUUUACUUGCUUUGUAGUCUCUUUCUCCUACAUGAUCACUGAGAACAGUGAACAAGAUUCUUUCUGAUGAAUGUUCAAUCAGCCCAAUUGUUCAUCUUCAGCCUCCUCUCCCGUUGACCCGCAUCUUCUCUCUCCUAAUCCAAGGUAUCCCCCGCCCCCCCCCCCCCCCGUAUUCUGCCUCCCAUCACCAUGAAGCUGUUGAUCCUCGUUCAUGAAUGUGGGAUGCAACUGAAUGGACUUCCAGAACUGUUCUUCAUUUUCUUCACUGGCCUAGGUUAAUUUCACAAGCCCAUGUAUUAAAAACUGAGAACAGAUCUUGGUUUUGACUUUUUUUCCCUUCCUUUUCUAUUGUAUUUCUCUUUUCCUUUUCAGUAUUCAUGUUUUUUUUUGGCGCCCAUAGCCCUCGGUUUUGUGCACCUUUAAUGGAAUAUGGUGUUUGAUUUGCUGCAUAAUUACUGAUACUAUUUUCAUUGAUUAUUUCCACUAAUGCUUGCAAUCUGCUGACAGACUUGAGCUCCUGGCCUCGGCUUAAACUGGGCUUCAAUCGCUCAUUCAGCUCAGACUUGAGCCCACUGCCGGCCAUCUCAGAUCCUGAUGUGGAAGGUGCAUUCAGGGAUCUAAUGGCGGCAAGUUGGGAUGAAAUCCCAGAAAGUGUCGUGUUGGAUGUCAAGAACGCACUGUCCAAAGCCUCUGCAGACGAAGCCGGCCAGGCAACGUUGACCAAUGUCUUCCGUGCCGCCGAGGCGUCUACGGAGUUCGGCGCAGUUCUAGUUCAGCUUAGGAUGGCUCUUGAUGACACAAAUGGAUUAGUCGGUGAGGUAUAAAGUGACCAUCUAUUCCCAGCUUCAGUUCCCUUUUCUGGUUGUUAAGUUUCUCUCUCUCUCGCUCUUCAGAAUGCCCAAACAGUGCCUGAUGCACUGCUUGAUGCACUGGCUGCUGCGUAUAAACGCUACAUGGUGUAUCUGGAUGCAUUUGGCCCUGAGGAGACCUACCUGAGGAAGAAGGUUGAGAUCGAGCUGGGAACGAAGAUGGUGCAUCUGAAGAUGAGAUGCAGCGGCUUGGGCGCCGAGUGGGGGAAGGUAAGAUCACUGAACAAGUUCAUGCUGUUUACAAAUCAGUUUAUUAAAUUAUAUUUUACUGUUUUGGAGGAGUUUUCUAGGUUAGAGUAAUCUUCUGUUGUUUAUUAAUCAGUAUAUUUUUUGUAUUUUUAUUUUUUAUCUUGGGUUUUAUUUUUCGGAAUUUCUCCCAAGGUAGAUGAAAUAAGGCCUAGGAAAACAAUUAUCCACGUAGGAAAAAUCAGUUAUUUUUUAGUUAUGACGAUGGAAAAUACCUUAGACCAAUUUGAGCUACUACUACUACUGUUAUAAUAAUAAUAAUAAUAAUAAUAAUAAUAAUUAUUAUUAUUAUUAUUAUCUUCUGCUUCGUUUUUUUUUUUUUUUUGCUUUCUUCAAAUAGCUGUCUCCUUUCAGGAUCUUGUUCUUAUUGAAAGCUGAAUUUUUCAGAAAAAAAUGUGUUUGAUCUUGCAUCAGUUGAUUUUUCAAAUAUAUUUUUCAAGUUUAAAUUUAAAUAUUUCUGGAUAUUUAGAGGCUACGUUUUUCCAGAAUAUAUGCCAGAGUUGACUACUUUCUGUUUUAAUAUUUUGACCCAAAUAGCUGGGGUCAUGCUGCCCAAUUUGUUUGCCCUCAAAUGGCAUAAAUGGACACGAACCCAUGCCAAAGCAGUUGACUUUUGGAUAAGAUAUUUCUAUAAAUGCCCAAAAAAUGCAGCUAGUCUGUUGAAAUUAUAGUUUGAUUGUAUGCCGAGUCUAGAAUCAUCCGACUCCGGUGGCAGGUUUCGGUUCUUGGCACCAGCGGCCUCUCCGGCUCCUACGUGGAACACCGUGCUCGGUGA